CUGAUUCGGAGAGUGACGUCAUCGUCGCCCCGGCCCGAGACAUGGCGAGUACGGACGUGGAGGAUUUCAUCGGUCAGAACAGGCACCUUUCGGAUUUAGUCGACACGUUUCGCAGCUUUUCCGAGAGCGAAAAACACUGGAAGUCCAGGAGGGAGUUUUUAUUCCGAAACAUCAACGAUUUUGAGGACCCUCACCUGGAUCAGCUGCUCGCGCUGUCGAUGGUGUGGGCGAACCACGUGUUCCUGGGCUGCAGGUAUGAUCCAGUUCUGCUGGAGAGGGUGAACGAGAUGGCAGAGGGCAUCGUUGUGGAGGACGCUCCUGUUUUUAAGACCAGAGAUGAACUGAUCAAACAGCAGCAACAGAAGAGGUGACGCCUGCACGACUCCUCGUCAUCACAUCUGAUGAAGAAGCCUGAGAUCUGUGCAUCAUCCCUAUUUUAUCCCUAGCUGUACAUACGACAACCUGUUUUUGGUAUUUUUAAAAUACUUUUCUUUUUCUUUUUAUUAUGCAUGUUUUAAUAAUUAGCUACAAUAAAAACGAGUGCAUUCUCUUCA